AUGGCCCCGGGACGGGGCCUACGAAAAGGGUAUCAUUCCAUGGUUGAAGAUACUGGAUCCCGAAAUGCCUGGAACGAGCGGGAACCCUCGCGGAAACAAGCGAGCAAAAGCGGAGGCGUCCCGGGUUGCCUUCUUCCCAACACCGCUAUCGGCGAAUCUAUCCCGACACAGGAGGCGACGGGAGGGGCGAAAGCAGGGAAAUCACCCGGAGAAGACGGUAUACCGAACUCUCUCUCGCACAAGCUCAUCGAGUUACCGGUGAUUCUGGAAACACUGGUUCAGCUGUUCACCGCAUGCAUAGACACGGGCUACAACCCAUCACCCUUCCAGCGCUCAAUCACAGUUGUGCUCCGGAAGUAA